AUGGCCGAAAUAGUCGGCGUCGUCUCCGCUGGAAUCGGCCUGGCUGCUUUCGUCGUUCAGAUCUCCGGAAACCUCGGUCGCCUACGCCAAACUCGCGACUUCGUUCCGAAUAAGGCUGCGGCUGAGGUCGGGUUUCUCAUCGGUCGCUUGGAAUUUCUAUGCCAAAUUCUGCUUUCACUCGAUGAUUUCCAGGGCCACAGGAUUGUUGAACUUGCGAUAAGUCACUGCCAGUUCGUCUACAGUAGCGUCGAAGCGACUGUCGACAGAAUUGUGGUUCGUCUUUCGAAGAUUGAGGGCAGCAAAAUGAGCGCAGUUCGGAAAGCGGGAGAUCUCAAGGAUGAGAUUAGUGUUGCGAGUGAGAAGGUGGAUUUUAUUAUCAAUGAGUUGAAUUGUGCCCUCACGCGCGACCUCCAUCGAAUCGUUGCAAUGGAUCUUCCACAAACGGCGGCUGCAUUGGCAUUUUCUUGUACCCCUCAGCGAGCUACUGCCCUGAAACUGAGCGAACCGGAAACCGCGUGUGGCUCUUCUCUGAUUCGCGCCACCACCAUGACUUCGGAACAAACAUGCCCCUUAACAUCUCCAAUCAUUGUCCGCCGUACGAACUUACGGAACUGCAUCGACAAGCAUUGCCACUCCUCAUGCCAUCUCACCCACAAUGCCUCACGACAGCUCUGGGGCUUUGAGUAUACCCCACUUUCCAUUGUUCUGAGGCCUUGCGAUAAUACAAGAUGUACAGGACGACGGUAUCGCUGGAACUUACGGCUCUCCCUGACAAGAUACGGGUUUCCAAUAGCAGUCAUAGCGGGGCUAGAAUUUGUAUCAGCAGCGGGUACAUAUGCUCUGCGGCCUGCGCUAACAGCUCAGGGUGUUGUGAGAUAUACAUCACCCGGUUUUCAGACGCCAUGGCUAUUUGAAAGAGGACUUAUCUCGCUCCAAGAGGCUAAACAAAGAUUUCUUGAACUGCGGAAGGCCGAUCCCUCGAUGAGAUACCAUAUGAACCCAGCUGGUUGCGGCUAUGUCCAGGAGCUCAUGCUUUCUUAUGCCAAUUUAACCCAGCAAGAGAGCUAUACAGCAAUUCUCACCUCUCUUGUUGCCGACCUGCAUAUGCCAGUUGACAACCUGGGCCACGACUUUCUCAUGCGGUACGCGAUAUCAAGGCCCGUCCACAAAAACUGCAGCGCGUUAGAUAUAAUUCUCAAGUACGGCUUCGACCCUGGCGCUUCUGACUAUCCAAUCCUUGAGGAAUGGCAAAGAGCAGCUGAAUUCAGACAGCGUGAUCUUCUCAGAUAUUGCGAGGAUCCAUUCUUCAUCCAAUUUCUGGCGAAGCUCUCUGCGGUGGACCCAGGCUUUGGUGGCUUGACGCCUCUCCACGAAGCUGUUAUCAAAAGUUCAAUAACCAACGUCGCGUCUUUGGGCUCGCUAGCACAGACCCACCGCAAUGAAAUCAACUGCUUGGGUCAAACCCCUCUUCACUUGGCUGUGUCAAAUGCGAAGAUUACGAGGGUCUUGAUCCAGUCCCGCCAUGAUCUGGAUGCCGUCGAUGCGUUUGGAAGAACACCUCUCAUGUAUGCGGCGGCACUAGGAUACUCGGAGACCGUUCAACUUCUUAUUUGUGGAAAGGCAAAUAUGUUCAUCAAGGACAAAGAGCCGCAGCUGAAUUUCAUUGGCCACGCAUCCUACGGAGGAAACUGGGACUUGAUCAUGGACGCACUCGAGACUAUACGCCAUAGCUGCUGUCCUGAGACAUAUCAGGGUUUCAUUCAUUGUGCCAUUCGCAAACUCCUGGAGUUCUCUUUCUCCAUAAUAGACUCAAAAAGAUAUCCGAACGCUACAAGGUUGUUCUAUUUUUCGAAACUUAUCGAUUUUUCCGACGACGUCAACCGCACCCAGGAAAAGACAGGGAAUACCCUCUUACACUAUGUAUCUCAUCGUGAUGAGGCUGAUGCUCUCGUUCGUCGCGGGUUUACAAGGCUUGAUCACCGUAACCGUCAAGGGCAACUUCCGAUUCAUUCGGCAAGCUAUUUUGAUGGAGGGGCUGAAUUGAUCGAGUUCUUUCUCAGCCAUGGUACAGACGUCAAUGCCACCGAUGGAAGCAGGAAAACCGUUCUAUUCUAUCUGUUUGAACGGUUUAGGGGCUGUGUCGGGGACUUAAGGCUACUCAGCGCAAUAAACGCAUGCUUGAGGCAUGGGGUGAAUAUCCUCGCACGUGAUAGGUGCAUGUGUCCUUGCUCGAAUUACGGCGGCUGCAUAGCUGUUCCGUUCUGCAAUGUGCGUCGACGUGGCCUCACUCGUUUAGGAGCGUCAUGCAGCUUUAUUUGGGUGACUGAGCUAUUAUGUGUCCUGGAGGAACAUGGUGGUGAAGAGAUAACCAAGAGACUCCUCCUAUACUUGCUACGAAGGAAACAGUUUGAUGAGCUUAAGAUUACCCAUGUCUGUUGCCAUAGCGACGUUGCAACAUACUCAAUCCCGCACCCUCUGGAGUCGGUUGAGAUUGGCAAGGUCCUGGAAAAGGAACGUGGCUUUAUCGAACAAGUUGACCAGGAGAUGGAAAGACUAGAACAACAACCCCUGGGAUGCCUUUGGUCCCUCUGGAUGUGCAUCCCGAAGCAAAUGCGCAAGCUGGAUACGGUACAGUUUGGGGUUGUGGUCGAUUACGAACGCGAUAAGAUACGCUGGAAUCACCUUCCUAGCCCCGACCGGCUUUGGCGCAACACAAUCGGGGACAUACAGAGAUAUGCCGACUGGCUGAGGGCGGAGUAUGCCUUGCGGAAAGAGUCGGCAAAUUCCCUGGUGGAGACGGAUGCCUGGUACAACAGGCGCGUAUCAUGGUUUAGAGAGCUGAUAGAGCCGGAGGAAAUCAAGAUUGACGGAUUCUAG